AUGGAUCCCGUACAGCGACAGCGGGACAGCUUGAAUAUUUGGAGGCACAAGAAAUUUCUCAAAGCCUGGAAGUUGAGGAAGCGCUACAAGAUCAAACUGAGGCACACAAACAACCUACUGGAGCACCUGUCGUACGAUCCCUUGACAAGAGUCUUGAGGGUGUAUCAUCAGGUUUCCUUUCUCAGGACCCAGCUUGAGAAGACGCGCAACGAGCCACUGGAGCUCUCCUUUGAGGACAGUCUGAAAAGAGGGGCUCUCCCGCCGAAGCUGGUUGUAGAAACCCUCCUGACGUUCCAUGAUAUCCUCUUUCCGAUAGCUACCUUCGGUGACAGACGGUCGCGGACCAUGUUGCGGAAACUGAUCAGGCGGCACGGGCUCGACCCGCAAGCGAACCUGGUUCAGUAUAUCCGACCGAUACCGGAAAACAUCACACUCGAGUACUGGGGAGACCGUCUGGCGACGCUGUAUAACAUCGUCAAGGACCCACCGCCGACCAAUGUUUUCAUGGGUUGGCUGGAGAGACAUACAUCAGAAAGAAACGCCAUGACGGUUGCAAUCAUUGGCCUUCUCCUGGCGGCGAUAUUCGGCUUCCUAAGCUUCCUCGUCGGCUUGCUACAGCUGGUCCUCGCUUGGGUUGUGUGGAAGAACCCUUCGUCGUAG